GAGACCGACCCCCCCAGGACAGCCCUCAAAUCAUUUCAGCUCACCAUGUGCGUGCACACCUGCUUUGCUAAAUCCACACUGGAGCUGAAGUGGUGGGUAGCAGAGAGGAGGGCACGGAUAACAGCAGGAGCCACCGAUGAGAUGGGAUGGGAUGGAUCCCAGGAGCUCGGAGCAAUGUCGGCCCGGGCCGCCUGGUGGCAAACUGCUUUCACUGGAAGCGCCUCUCCGUUCAGCAGAGUGACUCAGCUGACUUGGGUGAACCCCUGGGACUGUGCUGGCUGGAAACCAGCCUGGACAUGCCCUGUGGCUCCUACCACCAGGGAACUCCCUUAGCUGUGACAUUGUAAUGGGAGGUGGAGACACCUCGAGGAGAAGGUCGAGACAGGCAACAGCAAUUACAGUCAGUAACAUCUUUGACUUGCCUCAAUUACAGAAACCUCAGGAGAACUGUCCACCCUUCAAAUCUGUUUUGAUGUGUUUUAAAUGCAUGACAUGGAGCACAGCCACUCUCAGUAGGUUGCAGAAAGAGGCCAUCAAACCAUAACACUUCUUUGGAGGGCAAAAUGUUCAUCGGGGGACUGAGCUGGCAGACCACGCAAGAGGGCUUGCGGGAGUACUUCAGCCAGUUCGGCGAGGUGAAGGAGUGCCUGGUGAUGCGGGACCCGCUGACAAAGAGAUCCAGGGGCUUCGGGUUCGUCACGUUCAUGGACCAGGCUGGCGUCGACAAGGUCCUGGCCCAAUCCAGACAUGAAUUGGACUCCAAGACGAUUGACCCGAAGGUAGCGUUCCCCCGCCGAGCACAGCCCAAGAUGGUGACCCGAACGAAGAAGAUAUUUGUGGGUGGUCUGUCUGUGAACACUACUGUGGAGGAUGUGAAACAAUAUUUUGAGCAGUUCGGGAAGGUGGACGACGCGAUGCUGAUGUUUGACAAAACAACCAACCGACACCGAGGGUUUGGGUUCGUCACAUUUGAAAGCGAAGACAUUGUGGAAAAAGUGUGUGAAAUCCACUUCCAUGAGAUCAACAACAAGAUGGUGGAGUGUAAAAAAGCUCAGCCGAAGGAGGUGAUGUCCCCAACGGGCUCGGCACGAGGGCGGUCCCGAGUCAUGCCUUACGGGAUGGAUGCCUUCAUGCUGGGGAUCGGCAUGCUGGGUUAUCCAGGCUUCCAAGCUGCCACCUACGCGAGUCGAAGUUACACUGGCAUUGCACCUGGCUACACUUACCAGUUUCCUGAGUUCCGUGUAGAGCGGACCCCUCUCCCGAGUGCCCCCGUCCUCCCCGAGCUCACAGCAAUCCCCCUCACUGCGUAUGGACCGAUGGCGGCAGCAGCGGCUGCGGCGGCCGUGGUGCGAGGGACAGGUUCCACCCCCAGUCGCACCGGUGGAUUCCUGGGCACCACCAGCCCCGGGCCAAUGGCAGAGCUUUAUGGAGCCGCCAACCAGGACUCAGGGGUCAGCAGUUACAUCAGCGCUGCCAGUCCAGCCCCGAGCACCGGCUUUGGGCACAGCCUAGGGGGUCCCUUGAUUGCAACAGCUUUUACCAAUGGGUAUCACUGAAGCUGGGGACCAAGAAGGCAGGAGAUUCCCCAGUGACCUGACCGAGGACAGCGAGCGGCUGGAGGAUCUGGUGAGCCUCGGGGGAUGAGCCAAGGUUACCUUUCUCUUGAAUCAAACUGCACACUGCCGGCUGGCUGCCAGGCUCCUGCCGCCCUGCCCCGAUCUCUCCCUUUGACCAGACCACACUGGACUGAACCCGAGGAGAUCAUCUCGCUUUCUUACUAACCACCGACGGUUUACGCUUCCCCCCUCCCUGCCCCCAGCCCACUGAUUCUUCUUUUAUUUAUUUUAUUAGCUGUUAGUUUUAUUUUUUUAUUUUAUUUUUUUAUCUUUUUUUGGGGGGGGCUGCCCCUUCUUUUUGUUGUUUGCUCUUUCCCGAGCUAGUAGACAUAUUUUAUGAAUUGGCUUUGUGAUUGUGUUAGGUAGGUUUCAUUGAGGAGUAUUUUUAUUUGGCUUUGAAACUGUUUUGAAUAUUUUCAACUCUGUUGUUGUUGUCGUCAGUGUUUUUAAAGCACGGUAUGUAACAAGAAUGCAGUUCUGAAGGGAAGAAAGAGACACAGAGAGAGCAAAGGCUGAGAGGAACUGCUGUAUUUCUAUUUUUUUUAAAGAAACUGUUUUUAAUUGUUUCUGUUUUGUAAAUGUGAGGCUUUGAAAAGUGUGAAACUCCAAGGAUCCGAAAACGUUGGACAUCGCUAUGGAACAAAACAAAUGUAUAUUUUGCUAAGUGAAAAACACUAUCCUUACAGCUGAAAGAUUUUUUUUUUUUCCUAGGUUUAGUUUUACGUGGGGUUUUCUUUUUCCUCCUGUAUAAUAUGUAAAUAUCGCGAGCUGAACCUGGCUGCCGCCUGCAGCCUGGCUCCAAGGAGCAGCUCCAGGUCCUGGACUUGGAGCCGCAGCGUGAGCAAUACUCUCCAGCAGAAUCCUGACAGGACUCCGUUCUUUUUUUGUACACCUUUUACUGUAAGAUUUAAGAUUUUAAGACCUCUGAUGAGAUGAAAGGGGGGCGGGGGGAGGGGGCGGGCGGGGGUUAAAUGUACCGGCCAUCGGCUGUUUUGCUGAGCGGGUUAAAGCUGCUUCCAAUUGCUCGAUGUACAGACUCCAUCCCUGGGCUCCGUAGUGCCGGCUCUGGGCUGGCUUAGGGAAAGGGCUUUGCCGCCGUUGCUUGUCUUGGUUACUUAGAAAGGAAUUCACUCUCCAAACAUUAUCGCUUGUGUCAAGAUUUCCUGGGGAAGGGGAUCCUCCUCCGGAGGCGAGGGUGUCGGAAGGGGUGUCAGCCAGGGGGAGAUUUGGGUGGUCGUUCUCUGAAGGGCAGGGCGCUGGGAUGGGGAUUCGUUAACAGGGGAGAAAAGCAUUAGGGUGGUGAUUUGGGGGCGGGUUAAGGGCUUCUCAGGGAUUAUAUGAAUUAUAGAAUUGCAGCUUCCCGUUUGCUUUACUCUGUGUUCUGAAGACUGUGGGAAUUUGUCCAUUGUCCUGUGCGGGGGUGAUCCGGUCCCUUCUCCAGAACCUGCCGGGGCCUCCCCUGGUGUGGUCCAGGCCCCUGCUAACCAGCACUCUGCUAGGGGAGGCCUCCAGCAGGAAUACACGGGGCAGGUUUGGGUCUGGAUUUCAGUGAACCAAAGACCUUGUUAAGGGGGGUGAUUAAGCCUUUUAUUAAGAUGCAGCCAAACUCUUUUCCCAGGGAAAUAACAGCUUCAUCUUAAGUUUUAAAAAUCAUUCCCUCUCUUCCCCCAAACUGAGCCCCUGUAAGGGAGAGGGGCGUUUAAGAAAGGACCGGGAGGGUCACGGCACCCACAGGGCCCUUUUUUUCUUCCAUCUCUCCCCUGUCUGCCGGAGCUUGUCCUGACCUGGGCGAUGCGUUUGGAGAGUUCUGUUUAGGUAAGAAGGUACUUAACAGAUCAGUACUGAAAACACAAAGCAAUAAUUUUUGUUACUGAGACAAGAGUCUGUAUGUCUGUUUUUUUAAAUAUUUCCUAAUUAAAGAAGAGCUGCAUUUUAUUGGGUUUAUUUUUAUUCUAUAUACUUCAAAUUUGGGUCUGCGGACAGCGCUGUCCUCCCUCCUGGUAUAUGCGCUGAACUGCUUCCGUGCCCCCUCCAGACAUCCCGGGCCAGCUGUGCUGCUGCUGGGCUGUGAGUCACUCUCUGGCCACUGCUGCCACUGCCUGGAGGCUGGGGCUCCGGUUUCAGGGUGGGCAUUUUUUUUAAAAGAAAAAUAAAGCUGUGUUUUUAAGCCAGUAAGUUAUUACACUCCAAUGUUUGUUCUCUCCACACCUGUAACCCUUUUUCCAGAUUUCAGUUUUAAAUUCCUAAUAAAUUAUUUGAAAACUGUC